AUCCUUGAGCCCACACUGAGUUAAAAAAUGGAUUUUUUGGAAGGAAGAGCCGUCUCCGGGUCUGCCCCCAGCUCCGGGCAGGGAUUUUAGGAACAACGCUGGAUUUCCAUCCUCAUCCCGACCCCAUGGCGCCGCAGUGGGCGCUCCGGAGCUGCGGGAGAGCCCUGAAAGGGUUAAGGGGUGCCGGGGCCGCAGGGAUCCCACCCCGAGCCGGGAUCCCGCGGUGCUGAUUGAGCCCGAGCCCAUCAAAGGCUGCGCUCGGCCCCAGCCCCGGCGCUGCCCGUUCUUUGUGCGCACAGCCGGGAUGUCCAUGAGGAUGAGGAUGUCGAUGUCCAUGAGGAUGCCGAUGCCCAUGUGGAUCUGGAUGUGGCUGUGGCUCCUCCGCAGCCCGGCCUGGGCCCUGCCCGGCCCCUCGCUGCCCUCGCCGCCGCUCUCCCCGGACCAUUCCCCGCUGCGCUCGCCGGGGCUCAGCGCCAGGCCCGGCCCCAGGAGCCCCGCGCCGGUGCCGGCCCUGCUCUGGAGCAUCUUCCACCGGCGGAGCGCCCGGCCCCGGCCGCGGGCAGCGCCCGAGCCCUGCACGGUGGAGGAGCUCAACGUGCCCGGGAACAUCGUGCGAGUGCUCGCCGACCAAGGCCGCCUCCUGCCCGCGGGGCAGCCCCAGCCCCGGCUGUGCCUGCGGCGGCUCCUGCUCUUCAACCUCUCGGCGCUGGAGGAGGGCGAGCGCCCGACGCUGGCGCAGCUGGAGCUGCGCUUCCAGCACAGCUCGUACCACGGCCCGAGCCCGGGGCGGGUGCUGGAGCUGCGGCUGUACCGGGGAUCCCCGCGGGGUUCGCCGCAGCCCGGCCGGGCCCCGCUGCUGGAGCGCUCGCUGGUGCAGCUGCGCCGGUCGCUGCAGUUCGGGCUGGGCGCGGCGCUGCGGGGCCGGGCCGGGCCGGGCCGGGACCAUCUGGCCCUGCUGCUGGAGCUGUCGGUGAGCGGCGGCCCCGGCGGCCCGCGGAGCCCCUGCGGCAGCUCCGGAGCGUUCGCGGGCGCCUCGCUGCUGCUGGUGACGCUGGGCCCGCAGUGCCGGACAGCCCGGAGCCGCAGGAGCGCCCCGAGCCCCGCCGUGUCCCCCAGCCCCCUGUGCAAGCCCCGCCGGCUCUACAUCAGCUUCAGCGACGUGGGCUGGGAGAACUGGAUCAUCGCCCCGCAGGGCUACCUGGCCAACUACUGCGGCGGGGAGUGCCCGUUCCCGCUGGCGGCCGAGCUCAACAGCACCAACCACGCCGUGCUGCAGACCAUGGUGCACUCGCUGGACCCGCGGGGCACGCCCCAGCCCUGCUGCGUGCCCGUGCGCCUCUCCCCCAUCUCCAUCCUCUACUACGACAACAGCGACAACGUGGUGCUGCGCCACUACGAGGACAUGGUGGUGGACGAGUGCGGCUGCAGGUAGCGGGGAGUGAGCGGGAACGGACAAACGGGGAAAUUCCUUUGUAUUCCCGCCGGGAAAUCCUCGCUGUGCUCGGGGGCUGUGCCGGGGUUGGGCUGGCGCUAAGGGCGGCGCUGGUUUAGGAUUAGUUGGGAUGGGGGUGUGGGGUUAUGACCAAGCUCGGUGCUGGGUCCCUUUUCCUCAGGGGAUGCGGGCACCGGGCUGUGAAUCCCAAAUUUCCCCCUUUGGUUGUGCCAGGCACCCCCAGGGCUGCAGGGUUUAGGGUUUUGGCUGUGAAUCCCAAAUUUCCCCCUUUGU